CUUUAUCACUCGAGCGGGGUAAUUUUCAGUAUAUAGUUUAUGCAUAUACAGUUGUCAUAGUUUAAAAGUACCGGAUUGCUAUAGAAAAUGCCAUAGAAAAUGGCGCGAUAUAUUCCCGCCAAAAGUGGAUGAAUGCCCUCAGCGAAUAAAUUUAGGCACGUGGAGCGUCGGGUUCGGCCAUUUGAGUUGUUCCACGCGGCAGAGCUACAUUUAUUGUUAGGCUGUAUCAGUUCUGUCAACGAUAUGGAGCUGAACUACAACACUCGUGAGGGUCCACCACCAAAAAAGCAAGAAGCUGUUGAAGAGCAAUUGGAAGCGGACGAGAAGCUCGAGAUAGAUGAGGUAUUUGCGGCAGAGGAAAAAGAAAAAGAGAAAGUUGUAGAUAAAGUCCCUGUUGAACAGGAGGAUAUAGACCCACAGUACGGUCUCACAGACCGAGGGUACCCUGUGGUCCAAGAGACUGGCAAUAGGGACGAAGAAAGUGAUGUUGUAGAAGAGGUAUUUGCGGCAGAGGAAAAAGAAAAAGAGAAAGUUGUAGAUAAAGUCCCUGUUGAACAGGAGGAUAUAGACCCACAGUACGGUCUCACAGACCGAGGGCACCCUGUGGUCCAAGAGACUGGCAAUAGGGACGAAGAAAGUGAUGUUGUAGGAGAGGUUGCACCAUCUCAUGACGAGCAUCAAACAACUGAAGGUCGGGACCUACCUGAGGAAAUUGACGUGGCUCAGGAACAUGUUGCACCAUCUCAUGACGAGCAUCAGGACGUACCUGAUGCCUUGGAUAUUGAAGUGGAAGUGGCUCAGGAACAUAUAGACCCACAGUACGGUCUCACAGACCGAGGGUACCCUGUGGUCCAAGAGACUGGCAAUAGGGACGAAGAAAGUGAUGUUGUAGAAGAGGUGUUUAUGAAGACUGAUCCCCUGGAUGCGUGUAAUCUGUUUUAGAUAACGGGAAUGGUUGGAGAGGGGGGGGGGGCGGGGCAGUCAGAAAGUUAAACUUUCCCUUCCCUCUUUUAUUCUUUAUACAAUAAGAUAAAAAGAUAACAAUUUAAUAAUUAUAAAUAAACGUUGCAGCGUACUUUUCUUGAUUCAUUUGCAAUAAAUUUUAAGUCGAGCUUAUCUGUGACAUCCUGAUAAUAAUGUAGUUCACUCUUUUUUUAUAAGAACCUUUUCAAUAAGAACAUGCAUGCUGAGAUUUCAACAAAUUUUAAGAACAUGCUAGGAACCUGCUGAGGCUCAUAUAGCAGAAAAAAAUAUUACUUAAUUAGUCUAUGUGUACUAAAAUGCAGUGUCAAAUUGUGUUUAUCGAUAACAACCUAAAAUAUUAUUGCUAUUAAACAUUUGUGUAAUUCUCUACCUAAUAAUUCAUUGGGAACUAUAUUUUAUAAGCACUAAAACUUAAGAACAUCUUUAAGAGCACUUUCAGCCUUAAAAUGCUAAAAAAAUAAGAACUGCCCAGCCUCAAUUGAAAAGUAGACGAUCUUAUAAAAAUAAAAAGAGUGUAUCAUCAAACGAGUCAGUCUCGAUUGAGCCAUGAGUCAUUGCAGGUGCAGGGCCAUAGCCAGGGCCAAAUAUUUUCAAAAAUUAGAACCAGUAGGGGUGUGGCCAGGUCCCCAUGUUUUUAAAUGUUUAUUGCCCCCCCCCCCCCCCCUCCACCACAACCACCACAUCCAUACAGCACUGCAUUCCCCCAGAACAAACGUAAAUCUCAAAAUACCGGCCCAAAUGGCUUGAAACUUCACACAGACCAUAUUUAAGAUUCCACUGUCAUGUCAGAAUAUUAUUGAGAGUCUUAAUGUUUUUAUUUCGUAUUAAAGUGAACGUCU